AUGUCUGAGAAGACUAGCACUGAAAAGCCUCCAGAGAGCCCAACGACGGCGCGUGAGCUCGACUUCGACGAUGACAAUGACACUUCGGCUAUCUCGACCCAAGAUCGUGCCAAAUCACCGUCCCCAGCCUCAAAAUCGCCCAAGCCCGGUGUGCGCUUCAAUGAAGAGGCCACCGAGAUUCCUCCCCAGAAGCCCCCGCGACCAGUCGACCCCCAAGUGCAGGCGCAGAACACGCUGAUUGAAGCAUUCCCCGACGUCGACCCCAAUAUUGUCAAGGCCGUUCUAGUUGCCAGCGGAGGCAAGGUCGAGCCUGCCUUCAACGCGCUAUUGAGCAUGUCGGAUCCCAACUUCAAGGCCGAGGAAGCUCCCCCACCGCAACCACCGCGACCGCAGCCCCGUAGUCAGCUCGAGCAGGACGAGAUAUACGCGCGGCAACUGGCUCAGCACUAUCAGAGUCAAGGCGGUCCCGAGGGCCAGGGCGGCUAUGCAUCGCGUGGCCAAGGGCAGCGACAACGGCCUGGCGAACCCGACCGUGAACACAGCUUCUUCGAUGACGACCUGCCCGAGAUUCGCAAGAACAUCGAACAAGGAUUCAAGGAGACGCAGAAGACCGUCACAAAUUGGAUCAGCAAUUUCACCAAGAAGCUUGACGGCGGUGAGAUGGAGGAAUACGACAGAUACGGCAACGUACAAUACACAGGACGACAACCACCACCACAGCAGAGGCAGAACUUUGGCCCAUCGCAGUCAGAACAGAUGUAUGGCAUCCGCAAGUCGGCUGAACAGCGACGGUCGGCAGACCACAACCGCUACGACGCCGACAACCGAGUCAUUGGCGACGAUUUUGCAAAGCUCGCGCUGAGAGACAAUGAGGGACGUGGCCAGCGAUCGUCAAGUCGCCCGCAUGCAAACCCUGACCUCUUCAAGCCUACACCGGUAUCCCCGCCCCAGAGUGGCCCCGUUGAUGAAGUCGAUGCCCUUUACCGCAACCCAUCACCAAACAACCAGGGCAGCCAGAGUAAAUCGAGCGGCAAGAAAUGGCAGCCUCUCACCUCCGUCGCGCCCAACCCAGAGCCCGAUGACCACGACCCCUUUUCUCUUGGCGACAGCGAUGACGAGGAGAAGGACCUGAAGAAACAGGACACAAACCCCGACGAUACCGAGAGGCUGAAGAACGCUGCACAAAAUAGCGAAGGCCCAACAACUGGCAAGCUCAAGCCGGCGGAGCGAAGUGGAAGCGUCAGUCAGAAGGACGCCACCAUGGAGGCGUUACUGAAGGAAGCCAAAUAA